AUGAAGCAAAAUCCACAGAACGGGGAUCUUAAGAAACAAAUCCAAGAGAGGCAAUCGAGAAUAGCAGCUCUUAAUGAAAAACAAGCUUUGGGAGCCAUUACUUCAGUGCCGAUAAAAGUUCCUCAGGUCAGUUCCUUGCUGAGGUUGGCAGGACAAAGACCAGCAGUGCUACCUCAGGUUAGGCCAAAGACGCUGAUCCCAGACAGCCUCCCAAUUUCUCCAUGCAGAGAUCAACCUUCCAAGCAACCUCCGACGUUUCAGAAGGCAACAGUGGUCAGCAUCAAGAACCCAACUCCUGCCCUCCCCACUGCCAAUAAUACUGUUAGCCAUGUACAGACGUCCAGCAACCAAUCACAAAGUGUUACAGAGACGGCAGCUAUCUCCUCAUCCCUGAAUAGUGCUGGGGUAGCAUAUGCCAUUAUCUCAACAUCUCCCAAUAAUGCAAUGCCCAUCAACACCAGCGCUGCUGUCUCGGUGGUUAAUGACAGCAUUAAAGUGCAACCACUUCUCAUCAGCGCUGACAGCAAGGUCAUCAUCAUUCAACCUAAAGUUCAAACUCAGACAGAAAAUAAAGUGGAGAUAAAGAAACCUGCUGAAGAGUCAACUCAGGGACCUGCUACCAAAAAGAAAAAAGAUGAAAAUCCAGAGAAAAUUGCCUUUAUGGUAGCGUUAGGCCUGGUUACGACUGAAUACUUGGAAGAAAUCCAGAGCAAACGUCAGGAAAGAAAAAGGAGAAGUACCGCCAAUCCAGCUUACAGUGGACUCUUGGAAACUGAGCGGAAACGCCUCGCAUCAAAUUAUUUGAACAACCCUUUUUUCCUCUCCACAAGAGCCAAUGAGGAUCCAUGUUGGAAGAAUGAGGUCAGCCAUGAGGAAUACUGUUCAGCAUGCAAGCAUGGUGCCAACUUACAACCUUGUGGAACAUGCUCCAGGGCCUAUCACCUCAGCUGCUUGGAUCCUCCCUUGAAGACCGUUCCUAAAGGAGCAUGGGUCUGUCCCAAGUGCCAAGAAAAGGUGUUAAAGAAAGAUGACAGUGUCUCCUGGUCUGGAACUCUGGCUGUGGUGCAAUCGUACAUUACUCAUAAAACAGUCAAAGAAGAAGAGAAGAGGAGGCUAUUAAAGAGGAGCAGUGAAUUAAGAGGAGAACACAGACAGCUGGAGGAAAAAGAAUGCUUUCUUAAUAAUGCAAUGAAGAAAUGCCUAGAGCUCAAAAACAGCCUAUUGGCCCAGCAGAAAGGGGUUCAAUCAUCGCUGGAACACCUCAAAACUCUCAUUAGACUGAUACAGAAUGAGCAGAUGCUUCAGGUUACCAUGACAACAACAACCUCCUCCUCCUCCCUGCUGACUGUCCCCUGGACCAAACCAUCAUCUGCCUCGGCUGCCGCUGCUCCCCAACCCUUGCAGCCGACACAGGGCAACAACUGACAGGGGA